UUGUCAAUCCUCCAACGAUAAGCAUUUGACGAAGAAACGCGUGCUUCUAUUCGCAUUGAUGAAUGAUGAAUCUUGCGGUUGUCGCGAGCCGCUGGCGAUGGAGACGCUCACGCUUCAGUGACAAGAGAAUCUUCGAGCAUGAUAAGGGACACACAGAGAAAAUCGACGUGAAUACGGUGUACGUUAAUUGCUGGAGAGUUUCACCGACGAGCAAUUAGUUGAUGCUAAUUAACGACAAUCUGGCUCGUCAACCUAGAGUUGGGCUCAUCUUUCGACGCGAUCGGCGUUACAUCAAUCUACGGAAAAAGAGAAAUAAAGAACAAUGAAAUGAAGAACUUAAACGAUUCGAUAAGUCCAACCGAAAGGACAGUUUUGAGGCCAAAAUUAGAAACGUUUGACGACAUUCUACCAUACGUUGGCGAUUAUGGCAGAUAUCAAUGGCUGCUUUUAUUGGCGUUGUUGCCUUUCGGUUUAACAUACGCAUUCCUCUAUUUCUCGCAAUUUUUCAUAACCAUUACACCCGCGGAGCACUGGUGUAGGAUAGACGAAUUGAUGAACUCCAACUUUACCCAAGCAGACAGGAUAAAAAUAGCAAUUCCACCCUCGGACGAAUAUCCCUAUUACGACCAGUGUCGACGCAAAGACGUAAAUUUCACCGAAUUGUUGAAGGCUGGCGCGGAUCUACGUUCUUUAGAGUUGAAAAGGAACAGAACCGUCGGAUGUACCAGCUGGGAAUAUAAUUUCACCGAAAUCCCGUACUCCAGCGUGGGCACCGAGCUUGAUUGGGUAUGCGAUCAAGAACACUUCGUGUCGACGGCACAGUCUAUCUUCUUCUGCGGUUCAAUUCUUGGCGGUUUUCUUAUCGGAUGGAUAGCGGAUCACAAAGGACGUAUUCCUGCUCUAAUAGUUUGCAACAGUGUUGCCCUUGUUGGUUCUAUCGCCACCGCCAAUGCAAAUAGCUUCUGGUCGUUCGCUGUAUGCAGGUUUCUUACUGGAUUGGCAUUCGACAACUGCAUCGAUAUUCCGUUAAUAAUCGUGCUCGAGUACAUGUCCGUCUCGAAACGUACCGUGGUUGUCAACGUAGCCUUCGGCAUAUAUUUCGCCGUCGCCAGCACUAUUCUACCAUGGAUGGCUUAUUACAUUUCUAACUGGAGAUUAUUCACUUAUGUCAACGCUCUGCCCUUCUUGUCCGUCUUCAUCACGCCAUGGAUCCUUCCCGAGAGUGCCAGAUGGUAUAUUUCUAAUGGGAAGAUAGACAAGGUUGUCGAGAAAUUGCGAAGAAUAGCCAAAAUCAAUAAAAGGAAUCCAGAUCCACGUGUUUAUGACAUCUUCCUCGGGAAUCUGGAAGCCUCGGCCAAACAACGGGAAACUGCCACGGUGUUGGAUCUAUUCAAAACGCCGCGGCUGGCACGGAACACCAUCCUUCUAAUCUUGUUCUGGAGCUUCAUCGUGAUAUCGUUCGACAGUCACGUUUAUUCGCUGAAGCUUAUCCAGAGUUCGGUGUUCGUGUCGUUCUCCCUGUCCUGCUUUACGGAACUGCCGGCUGGCUUAUUGUUAACUUUGCUGUUGGACCGAUGGGGCCGUAGGCUCUGUGGAUUUCUCACCCUAGCUAUCACCUGUGUUCUCAGCAUCGCCGAACUCAUGUUCCAUUCCAUACCCGUCAAGCUAACGAUGUCGGUGAUGUCACGAUUCUGUCUCAACAUGGCGGCCAAUAUCGGUCUCCAAUACGCGGCGGAACUCUUGCCGACCCCAGUCAGAUCUCAAGGCGUAUCGCUUAUUCAUAUUUUCGGUAUCAUAGCGCACACAUUGGCACCCUAUAUAAUAGUCUUGGCCACAGUGUGGGAGGGAUUCCCGAUGUUGAUCAUCGGUAUCGUGUCGUUCGCUGGAGCCGCACUGGUCACUUUCUUACCGGAAACUCUCGGUCAGUGUCUUCCUCACACCAUCAGCCAGGGUGAAGAGUUUGGGAGGGAUCAAAAUUUCUGGUCAUUGCCUUGCUACAAAAGUCGAAAUUUGACCGGCAUUGCCAAUCUUAUGAACGAUAAUCGUCCGUGUACUCGCGUUUUAAUGAAGAAUGCAAAUAAGGAAGACGGUGACCAACAGUAAAACUGUGCCGAAUCAUCCAGACGGUUUUAGAACUCGAUCGAUCGCGGCACUCUAAUAAUUUGAGAUCGAGUACCAAACGACGCCUAUAUUCCUACGUAAUUUUUAUUUUCUUAUGCUUUAAGAACCAAUCGUUUUAACGCUGUUUCUAUUUUGCGACACGCGCAGUAGAAACGGUUGGUGGUUGUGUUCCUAUAGAGAUUUUAUUUUUAUCCUUUAGUUUAAGGACUUUUUUUUACUUUAGCGCAGAAUUUUGCGACACACGUAUUUGAAAUGCCCGGUAAUAAAGAUUAGAGCAAAUUAUUUUGUAGGUUUGAUUUUAGUUGUCGAAAGAAAACUAUAUAGUGUCGGUAUUUUAUUUUACGUGGUGGAAAAUUGAUGUUUUUAGUUAGCGAAACGUUUCACUCGUCGUUAGAAGUUUUAGAUGGCGACUAUUUGAUCGUAAAAAGACGGUGUUCGUAACGAUAGAAAUAAACAUCGAGUGUUCACUGUUUCUGCUGCGUCAGUUACAACAAUUAUGGGGAAACUUAACAAGAAUUCGACUUGGCGCGUUUAUGAAAAAUAAAAAAGUACUUGUUUUUCACAUCGCGCCGAUUGCUGGGCAAUCUAUCCACAGCCAUUUUGUGCGCAUAUUUAUAGGGGGAAAAAAGGAAACGAUCGUUUCCUUUCGCGUAAUCGAGUAACAACCUAAUAUUGCAAGACUGUGUAAUAUUAUAUCGUGCCAUCAUAAUGAUCGGUGUUCAUCAUUGAAUCAAUAACAACUCUAUUAACCGAAGAAUACACGGUUUCCGUUUAU